AGACAUCAGGAGACUGAGACCAGAGAGGAACCCUCGCAGUCGGGGCUACACUGGCAACGUUUUCUGUCUCUCUCCUUCUGGGUUUCUCUUUCUACGGGUGAAGCUCUGACAUCAAUAACUGAAGCAGCAGCACCAUACACAACAGGGUGUAGAUGCCAAACUCCCUCCAUUUCUUUCGUUCCUCUAUCCAAGAAAAUCAGAAGCGAGGAGGUGGGAACGACAUGCCCUGACACUUCUGGCGAGUUUUAGAGGAAGAGACAUCAUCAGUGUAGAGUUACUUGUUUUUGUGCUUUUCGUUCUCGAGUUGUCAAGGACACUUUCAAAGUUAUGACUAAACGAAAAUGGGAGGGGAGGAGAGAGGGCUUCAAGGUCAGCUCCACGAGGGAGGAGGUGCAGGGGCCCGGACGCCCUUCCACCAGAGGGCGCUUCUCUGAGUCUUGGAAGAGAUUAAGCUCCAGACAGGGGUCUACCAAGAGGUCAGGACUGGCCGCACAGCAAGCAGUGGCACAGAAGUCAUGGAUAGAAAGAGCUUUCAGCAAAAGAGAAUGUGUGCACAUUAUUGUAAGCAGCAAAGACCCCCAUAGGUGCUGUUGUGGCCGGCUAAUUGGUCAACAUAUUGGCUUGCCCCCCAGCAUCUCAUCCAAUCAGAAUGAGAAGUCAGAGCGUGUACCAAAGAAUGACAGCCUGUCAGAGAAAUGGUCCAUCAGCAAGCACACACAGCUCAGUCCCACCGAUGCCUUCGGAACCAUCGAGUUCCAGGGAGGUGGACACUCCAACAAAGCAAUGUAUGUACGAGUGUCUUACGACACAAAGCCAGAUUUACUGCUGCAUCUAAUGACGAAGGAGUGGCAAUUGGAGCUUCCCAAGCUGCUCAUCUCUGUUCAUGGAGGACUACAGAACUUUGAGCUACAGCCCAAACUCAAGCAAGUUUUUGGCAAGGGUCUCAUUAAGGCUGCCAUGACCACUGGGGCCUGGAUCUUCACUGGAGGAGUUAACACUGGAGUCAUCAGGCAUGUUGGUGAUGCUCUAAAAGAUCAUGCAUCAAAAUCAAGAGGGAAGAUCUGCACGAUUGGUAUUGCCCCCUGGGGAAUUGUGGAGAAUCAGGAAGACCUGGUGGGAAAAGAUGUGGUCCGGCCAUACCAGACAAUGUCUAACCCUCUGAGUAAGUUAACGGUACUCAACAGCCUACACUCCCACUUCAUCCUGGCUGACAACGGCACCACUGGAAAGUAUGGGGCUGAGGUGAAACUGCGCAGACAGCUGGAGAAACACAUCUCCCUGCAAAAGAUCAACACACGGAUUGGGCAGGGUGUUCCAGUGGUGGCUCUGAUAGUGGAAGGGGGUCCUAAUGUGAUCUCUAUUGUACUGGAGUACCUGAGAGACACUCCUCCUGUCCCCGUGGUGGUGUGUGAUGGGAGCGGUCGUGCCUCUGACAUCCUGGCCUUCGGGCAUAAGUACUCAGAGGAGGGCGGACUCAUAAACGAAUCUUUGAGAGACCAGUUGUUAGUCACCAUUCAGAAGACAUUUACUUACAGCCGGACACAGGCCCAGCAUCUCUUCAUCAUUCUGAUGGAGUGCAUGAAGAAGAAAGAACUGAUAACAGUGUUCCGGAUGGGAUCAGAGGGACACCAAGACAUUGAUUUGGCCAUUCUAACAGCUCUCCUGAAAGGUGCCAAUGCCUCAGCUCCAGAUCAACUAAGUCUGGCCUUGGCCUGGAAUAGAGUGGACAUCGCCCGGAGCCAGAUCUUCAUUUAUGGACAGCAGUGGCCUGUGGGUUCUCUAGAGCAGUCUAUGUUGGAUGCGCUGGUACUGGACAGAGUGGACUUUGUGAAGUUGCUGAUAGAGAAUGGAGUGAGCAUGCACCGUUUCCUGACGCUUUCCAGACUCGAAGAGCUAUAUAAUACGAGGCAUGGGCCGUCCAACACCUUGUACCACCUCGUCAGAGAUGUGAAAAAGCAAGAAUAUCCAGGGUUCAGUUGGAUCUACCUCAAGGGUAACCUCCCCCCUGACUACCGCAUUAGCCUGAUCGACAUUGGAUUGGUGAUUGAAUACCUCAUGGGUGGAGCCUAUCGCUGCAAUUAUACCAGGAAGAGAUUUCGGACCCUCUAUCACAAUCUUUUUGGACCUAAGAGACCAAAAGCCCUAAAGCUGCUUGGAAUGGAGGAUGACAUGCCCAUUAGAAGAGGGCGUCAGAAGACCACACGGAAGCGUGAGGAGGAGGUAGACAUCGACCUGGAUGACCCGGAAAUCAAUCAUUUCCCCUUCCCGUUCCAUGAGCUGAUGGUCUGGGCUGUGCUGAUGAAACGGCAGAAGAUGGCCUUGUUCUUCUGGCAGCAUGGAGAAGAGGCUAUGGCAAAAGCACUGGUGGCCUGCAAGCUAUGCAAGGCAAUGGCUCAUGAAGCAUCAGAGAACGACAUGGUAGAUGACAUCUCACAGGAACUCAAUCAGAACUCAAGGGAGUUUGCUCAGUUGGCUGUUGAGCUGCUGGAUCAGUCCUAUAAGCAGGAUGAACAGAUGGCCAUGAAGCUGUUGACCUACGAACUGAAGAACUGGAGUAAUGCCACCUGUCUGCAACUGGCUGUGGCUGCCAAGCACAGGGACUUCAUUGCACACACCUGCAGCCAGAUGCUCCUCACUGACAUGUGGAUGGGACGUCUGCGAAUGCGCAAGAACUCUGGCCUGAAGGUUAUCCUGGGCCUGCUUCUUCCCCCUUCCAUAUUAAGCCUUGAGUUUAAAAAUAAGGAUGAAAUGUCAUAUAUGCCUCAGGAUCAGGACACCUACCUGCAAGAGAAGGAUGUGGAUGAACCUGAGAAACAAGCUAAAGAGAAAGAGGAGGAGGACAUGGAGUUCACAGUAAGAUCUUACUGUGAGACGCAGUACAACUCCGUGGCCAUGCUGGGAAAUGUGAGUACAGAAGCAUCCCGCAAGAAACAGGUGGCAGAGGUGCAGAACCGCCAUCGACUGAUUCCACUGGGACGCAAAAUUUACGAGUUUUACAACGCUCCUAUUGUCAAGUUCUGGUUUCACACGUUGGCCUAUGUAGGGUACUUGAUGCUCUUCAACUAUAUUGUGUUGGUGAAGAUGGACCUGUGGCCCUCUCCCCAGGAGUGGAUUGUCAUUGCCUACGUCUUCACCAAUGGCAUUGAAAAGAUGAGAGAGAUCCUCAUGUCAGAGCCAGGGAAGCUCCUGCAGAAGGUCAAAGUGUGGUUACAAGAAUACUGGAACAUUACUGACCUCAUGGCCAUCCUCAUCUUCUCCAUUGGGAUGGUGCUCCGCCUACAAGACCCACCCCUGAUGAGCUACGGGAGGGUCAUCUACUGUGUCAAUAUCAUUUAUUGGUACAUACGCCUGCUUGACAUCUUCGGAGUGAACAAAUAUCUGGGUCCAUAUGUCAUGAUGAUCGGCAAGAUGAUGAUAGACAUGAUGUAUUUUGUGAUCAUCAUGUUGGUGGUGCUGAUGAGUUUCGGGGUGGCACGGCAGGCCAUCCUCAAUCCCAAUGAAGACCCUUCCUGGAUGCUGGCACGCAACAUCUUCUUCAUGCCAUACUGGAUGAUCUAUGGAGAGGUGUUUGCUGACCAAAUCGACCAUGUGAAUAGUAGGAAGCUACAGCACAAAGUGAAUGAAAAACUCUGGCUGGUCGACAAUUACGUUCGCUCUCAAGGAACUGGGCGUAGCAGUGGUCCAUCCCAUAUAGCUCCAUGUGGACAGAACAUCACCACAGAAGGAGGAGUCAUUAUAUCUCUCCCACCCUGCAAGACUGGAGCUUGGAUUGUCCCUGCCAUCAUGGCCUGCUACCUGCUGGUGGCAAACAUCCUGCUGGUUAAUUUGCUAAUUGCUGUCUUCAACAACACAUUCUUCGAAGUGAAGUCCAUCUCCAACCAGGUGUGGAAGUUCCAGAGGUACCAACUGAUCAUGACUUUCCAUGAACGUCCUGUCCUUCCUCCUCCACUCAUAAUCUUCAGCCACAUAACAAUGGUUCUCAAACACCUCUGCUGUCGCUGGAGGAAGCACGAUGAGGAUGAGCGUGACUAUGGGCUGAAGCUCUUCAUCACUGAAGAUGAACUGAAAAAGGUACAUGACUUUGAAGAGCAGUGUAUGGAGGAAUAUUUCAGAGAGAAAGAUGACCGCUUCAAUUCUUCCAAUGAUGAGAGGAUACGUGUGACAUCUGAAAGGGUGGAGAACAUGGCAAUGCGUCUUGAGGAGGUGAAUGAGAGGGAACAUUUCAUGAAAGCAUCUUUGCAGACUGUGGACAUCAGGCUUGCCCAGAUGGAGGAGAUGAUUGGCCGUAUUGCUGUGGCAUUGGAGCGGGUAACAGGUGUGGAUCGAGGUGAAGUCAACAAAGGGCGGUCCAGGACAUCAUCCGACUGCACUGAUACAAAUUACAUCCUUCGCCAGAGCAGUUUCAACAGCCAAGAAGGCAAUGCCUACAGGCUACAGGAGUCUAUGGAGCAGGGUGGAGAAGAGUCCAUUUCCCCUACUUCUCCAACCACUCUGGCCCCACGCAUCCGCAGUCACUCCUUCUAUGUGAGCCCCUCCUCCAAGGACAGGUGCAGUGCAGAUCGGUCAGAAGGUUUCUUCAAAGAGAAAUUGUUCAGUCUCCACCGGGCCAACAGCUCUCAUUCUGUAUCCUCAGGAGCAGGCCCCAAAGAUUCCAAGCCUGCACCUUUGAAUACUUUGUCCGUGCAGCAGCAACUUCGCCCCUCUUCCUGUAUAGACAUCUACGUUUCUGCCUCAGAGGAUGUCCCAACCACUGAUUGCUUCUUGGAGCCAGUCAGAACAGUUCCAACUCUUGCUCGAGACGCAUCUCUCCAUUCUGAGAUCAUGGAGGCGGUGAUCUCAGGGGGGCGGGACUGCAGUGGAAGGGCCGGGGGAAGUGAAAGGCAGUCGGAUGGUACAGUCCUAUUUGAGGACAGUGCUGCCGCUGACCUAUCACUCGGCUCUGCCCACCUGCUGCCAGAUACCCUGCCCCCCUGGGACCUGGACCCCUCUCCGCCACCAUCAGCCGGUGUUCUAGAACGGUCCAAGAGCAGCCGCUACUUGUCUGCAGCAGGGCCUCUGUUUCUGGAUGAGCCAACAUUGGUUAAGUCGCACAGCCUGAUGUUUACAUCACGUGGUUACUAUGGUGGCAUGGGUGUGCAGGUCAAAGCAGCCGAGUAUACCAGCAUUACAGAUUGCAUUGACACUCGUUGUGUCUCUACACCUUACCCUGUCCCAGAGCGAUCAGACUCGCCUGGAGGCUCUUUCACGUUCGAUAAGCCCCAGGAUUUGGGUGUCUCACACCCUGAACGAGAUGCCGAGCUCAGUCAUGCAGAGUCUGAUCCAGAGGAACCUGCGGAGGGGUCAGCAGACACAUGUAAGGUGGGUCAAAGUAGCAGUAGUGGGGGAAUAGGUGCAGACCUAGGCCUUGGCCUGGCACUGGGCCCGUUCUGCUCACCCAUCUCUAGACUAGAGCGAGCAAACAGCUGCUCCUCCUCAGAGGAGUCGCACUCCAACAUCUACUCACGAAAGAGUUUCUCCAUAAGUGAGAGAAUGGACAAGGGUCGUGGAAGCUCGAGGAAUCCUUUCCAGAAGGCCAGGGCUGGGGCAAGGCUAGAGGGUAAGACAGACUCUCUGUCUAUGAGGAAGCUGGCGAAACCCUCAGCAUUCCAAAGUUUUGACAGCAGACAUAAUUACACGUGAUGAUAACGGACAAAUAGUAAUGGCAUUAUAGAUCUAGUUUUUUGUAGAAUGGCUCUACCUCGUUUAAAAUCCAAGGGCCAAUUCUUUAAUUAGUACUGUCUGAGUGAGUAAUUAGCUGUACACUGGAAUGUUUUAUCACGGUUAUCAACUACCUAUUCAUUUUCUAAUAUAGCACUGCAAUGCAAAUUCUUUUUUGCAAAUUUUAAUUUUUUAGAAUUCAUAAACUCAGAACAUGACCAUCACUGCCAUUUGGCCAACGUUAGUUUCCAGUUCUUUCAAAUUUGUAAUCUACUGUUGUUACUUCGUCAGGAAAAUGGUGUUUGGGAAAUGGCUAUAGGGUAUAGGUAUUCAUAAUGAAGGGAAACAAUCUGAGAUUGACAAAAUCUUGGAAUGCAUUUUCUAGAUAAAAGUUUGUGCCCAUUUUAUGAGGCGUUUGAAUGCAGUUCUCUAAGAUAUUUGUAGAAUUUCACCCUCACAUCAAUUUUAAAUGACUAAAUGAUCAUCGUUUUCUUUUGUUGUCUGUAUUUUUCCAAAAUUAUCACGAGAGAUAAUCCUUAAAACUCCUUAAAACCCAUUUUAACUCAGUUGAACUCUAGGGCACUUAGUGCAUGUUCAGAAUGGAAUACUAACUUACUGCAUACAAUGCAGUAUAUGCUGUAUAAUAUAUAUUUUUAAAUAGUAUGUGGAAAAAAUAUACAGUAUGUGACAAAAAUGUUUCAAACAUUGACCUGACUCUAUAUUGUAUGUUUGAGAAAUAUGGUUAUUUUGCAUUUUUAAUCUAAUAUAUUGUAAAAAUGUAGUUUGUCAUUUGGGUAUUCAGUGCAUCCAAAAAAUAUACAUACUGCAAGAAAAAUAUUUUAAAAUAGUAUUGCCAUUCUGAUCAUACCUUCAGACUCACGAUACUGCAAAUGCUAAAUUGCAUAGAGUACCUAUCCAAAAUCGUUUUAAAAGCAAAAAGAAAAACAUUUUUUUUUUUUGCAAAGAGCCAGAUUUUUUUAUAAGUGUAUCUUAUUUUUCACAGAACAGGUUCUAUAUGUUGACUUGCUAUGCAAGACGCCACACAGAGUCGACCAGUAAGAAGUGUUAUGCAUUUUAGAGCAGGAGUUCAUUAUGCACAUGCACAUCAAUCUGAUUACUAAUCAUCCUGAGUCUUCGGACGGUUAAGAUAUUAAAUCAAAUAGUAAAUCAGCACAGAUCAGGCAGGAACCAUUAAACUCACCCAUUGUAUACACUCUUGUUUUUAAUGUUAUUAAAAUGUCAUCACUUUCUCUGUUAAUGUGUUAACAUGACAGUAAAGGACUUAAUGAAGAACAAUAUAUAUUUAUAAUAUUUUCUUUUAUUUCCAGAAAGUUAUAUGCCAUGGCAAUUUUCUUCCUCCUUUAUGGUUAAUCAGUAUACAGUAUGUUUGGUUUAUAUUACAUAUAUACAGUAUUUCAACUGAUUUGGCCCCUUUUUUAUUUAUUAAUUUAAAUUGAGAGAAAACAUGUUUUUUAUACAUCAAUUUAAUUACACUAAUACAUUUUACUGCUCUAUAACACACUAUUUUUUUAUUUAAUUAAAAUCAAAUGAAGCCGUGCAUCCCUUUCGGUAGAUCUUUAUGUGUGUAGUUUUUAAUCUAAAACAAUUUUAAGCAAUACAGAAACAUGAGUAGUAUCUCUGGAAUCAAAUCAUAGUCUACACAAAACUUAUAUAUAUACUGUAUAUUAUUUACUUCAUUCCAUUUCCAUCUUAUUCCACCACACAUAUCUUUUAUGGGGUGUAUUUUAUUUUCCUUACUCAUGUGCAAUACUGCAAAGAGUUUUAAAAACAUUAUAGGCAACUGUCACAGUGUUCUGUGAUCUAGAAAUGUAUGCUUAGUGUUAAAGCUUGUGUGUGAACCAAAAACAUAAAUUACUAAAAUUAUUUUUCUUGUGCAUAGUAGUAAUUCUAAUCACUGUGCUUUUCAAAAAUCAGAUGAUUUUGACAAUUUAAGUACAUUUAAAAUGUAACUGUGACUUGCUUCAUUUUGGAUGUUUUCAAAUUUGGACCUGCUCUCCUCUACAGGGAAGGAGUUAAUGCUUCUACAAAGGCCCUUAAAACAUGUCCAUGCUGUAUUAUUUUGAGUAAUGUGAUUAACAAAACCUCUUGUUGGACUGGUUCCAGCAAAAGAAGACAGAGGGGGUUAUUGCUCUUAUAAGAUGUUAAAUGCAAGUUUAUCUCACUAUCCUCUGUUUCACUCUCUUGUUAUGAGAUUUUGUUUGGGAUAUGAGAGUGAAUAUAUUUAUGAAACCUGUUUUUCACAUGUAAAUGUUCUGUAUAUGAUCUGUAAAUCUUUCUGUCGUUGUAAAAAAAAAAAAAAAAAAAAAAAAAGUUUAAUAUAAUAAUAGGAUUUUAAGGAAAAGUUUCUGUGUGUCUGAUAAAAGACAUUACACUAUGACAAACUAACCAGUGUGCCAAAAUGAUGACUUAUAACUUUAUGUACAGUAUUUUCUUAAUAUUUUCCUAUACUGUAGCAUACAAGGUUGUGAAUUGUAUACCACUUUUAGUCAAGUUUCCCUCCUCUUCUUUUUAAACUUAUUGGUGAGCACUUAUCUGCUAACAAGUCUAAGCACAUGUUUUCUGCAAUAAUGCUGUAUUUUAAAUUGAAAGGUCUUAGUUUGUUAGUGUCUUUAAAAUGCAUGUUGUUCUUCCAAAUGAUAUGAGCUGAAUGAGAGAACCGAGAGUGUGAAUCAGAAGACUCUUGUCCUUACAGUAGAAAGCUGAGUAUUUGGAUGCAAAUACAAAUGUGUAUACAGUAUAUCUUAAUGUGAAUAGGAUGUUUGGCAUGUAUUAACA